GGAACCUUGGCCCAUCACCUUCCACUCCUCUAGCUUUCGUCCCUUCUUAUCCAAUCUCACGACUUAUUGGUCGUCAACCCAAAUUCAUUCCGCCAGCAGCCAGUCAUUCUACCCCUCCAAGCUCCGUGGCCCCAUUUCCCAACUUUUCAUAAAUCCCCUCCUCAGUUCACUCUCCAGUCUACUGAGAGUGACUCUAUCAGUGCACUGAGUGACUCCAACUGGUCUUCUGAUAGUGUUUCAUCCUUGGUAGAAGCCCCUCUGUCAGCUGAGAGUGACUCUGACACCAGACAUCGACGCGCGCUCUCGCGCUCGCUAGUUACCAGCCAUGCCGACCAUCGAGCGCUCCAGCCUCGUCGACGGGCUCCUACGCCCCGUGAAGGUCGUCCCGACGUCGUACCUCUACGACGCGCGCGGCUCGGCGCUCUACGACGCCAUCACGCGCCUCAGGCAGUAUUACCCGUUCCUGGAGGAGCGCCGGCUGCUGAAGAAGCACGCGAAGGAGAUCGCGCGAUUGGUGCCGCGAGAUGCGGUGGUGGUGGAGCUCGGAUGCGGCAACGCGCUCAAGACCCGCGUGCUGCUCCAGGCGAUAGCCGCGCACCAUGGCAGGUGCCGCUUCGCUGGAAUCGACGUGUCCGAGGCGUUUCUGCUGGAGGCGCGCCGCAACAUCUUGGCGGCGGUGCCGCGAAUGGCGGCGGGUGACGUGGAGCUGGUGCAGGCGGAGUACCUGGACGGGCUGCGCGCCGUGCGGCGGCAGCACCCCGAUGCCACGCUGUGCGUGCUGUGGCUCGGCAGCAGCGUCGGCAACCUCACGGACGACGACAUUGUCCAGUUCUUCACCACUCUGCACCGCAUUGGUGGGGCCAAUAUGCAGCUGCUGCUCUGCACUGACCUGUGGAAGGACCGGGACGUGCUGCACGGGGCGUACAAGGACGACCAGGGGGUCACGGAAGACUUCAUCAAGAACGGCGCGCGAAACGCGUUCCAGUCGCUGGGCGUGCGCGCUGCUGACGUGGACGAGGCCGCGUGGAAGUACGACGUGGUGGUGAACAGUGACCUGCGGCGCGUGGAGAUGUGGCUGGAGUUCCCCCACUCCUUCUCCUUCCCCCGCACCCCUGUCUCCAUUGGGGCGGGGGAGCGGGUGCUCAUGGAGAUCUCCCGCAAGUUCACGCCGCAGGACAUCGCCGCCCUGGCCAGCAAGUCCGCCAUGCUCAUGCACGCCGCGUGGCGCUCGCCGCUCUACGGCAUGCAGCUGCUGCUGCCGCAGACCCACGCACUGCUCGAGAGCUGGCGCGACGCCGACACUUUCUUUCAGUCAGUGCCCGAUUGGAGCGCCAAGCCAAUUGAUUUCCGGCACCCUUUCUGCUUCUACUAUGGCCACCUGCCAUCCUUCGCCAUUCUCAAGCUCCUCCCUGCUCGCACGCCCUCCUCUCUCGACGUCAUGUUUUCCCGCGGCAUCGACCCGCUCCUCCUGGACCCCUCCAAGUGCCACUCCCACCCCGCCGUGCCCCCCGCUUGGCCCUCCCGGGCUGAGAUCGAGGCGUAUGCGAGGGACGUGCGGAGGGAGAUUUUGGACGCAAUGCAGCAGGAGGAGGAGGGGGGGCGGUGUGCAGUGACGGCGCGGCAGGUGGCCCUAGCAGUGGAGCAUGAUCGCAUGCACAUUGAGACCCUCUCCUACAUGCAGCUCCAGGCGGACAAGCAGGCAUUUCUCGAUUCUCCGCACCCAGACUCCCCGCCGGCAUCCGAUGCGGACCUCCCUUCCCCGUCGUCUAUAGCCACUGAGCCCUCCUCUCUCCACCCCAACUCGCCGUUUAUUCUCGACUCUCCGCACCCUUCUGCUGCGCACAAGCUCAACUCGGCAGCACUCAGGGAGUCGCUGGCAGGGGAUCUGGAUGUGCUGAUACCAGCGGGGCCGGUGGCUAUGGGGACGGACGUGAGUGGGGAGAAGGAUGGCUUCGUGUGGGACAACGAGGGGCCUGCGACGGUUUCUUUGGUGCCUCGGGAUUUCGUCGUGUCAUCCAAGCCUGUUUCGGUUGCACAGUUCCAUUCCUUUGUGACUGAGGUGAAGGGAUACAAAAGGGCGGAGCUCUGGGAGGAGGCGGACUGGGCGUUCCUGCGGAAGCAUGGCCUCACCUGCCCUGCUUCCUGGAGCUUUGUCAAGCGGACAAGGGGUGUGAGUGAGGAGGAGGAUGGGGUACCUGUGAUGCUGAGUGAUGAGGAGGGGGAGGGGAGUGGGAGUGAGAACAGCGUGAUGGAUGGAGAGGAGGUGGCUGACAUGGCAGGGAAGAGGCGGAGUGGCCAGAAAGCAGUGGGUGGGGAGGAAGAGGGAGAAUACUGGGUGCACACUCACCUGGGAUUGGGCGAGGGUACUGAAGCAAAGCCAUGGUAUGAGGUGGCAGAUGCGCCUGUCUGGGUGAGCCUGGCUGAAGCUCAGGCGUUUUGCAUGGCAGCGGGGAGUGAGUACAGGGUGAUGAGUGAGGCGGAAUGGAAUCAGAUCGUUUCUCAGCCCCCGCCGUUUUCACUGCCUGCUGACACCAUGGAAUUUGACGACGACGGUGAGGAGAAGGCGGAGGAGACGAAGGGAUUGAAGGCAGGCAUGAAGCAGAAGGGCACCAAUGCAUCCGUGUUUAUUGGCACGGAUUUGGAUCUUGCAUCUGGCGAAGAGGGUGUGAUGACAGGGAAUCGUCUUGCGGAAUUGCAGCGGAGUGUGCAAGAGGGUGGCUGGGAGUGGACGAGCUCGCCAUUUGAGCCGUUUCCUGGGUUCGUGAAGAUGGAGGAGUACCCUGAGUACUCCACUGACUUCUUUGAUGGCUGCCACUUUGUUCUCAAAGGGUCUUCGCCAGUCACGCAUCCAUGUAUGGUUCGAGACUCGUUCCGCAACUACUACCAACGCCAAUAUCCAUUUGUCUUCGCCAAGUUUAGGUGCUGCAAGGAUCUGGCGAGGAAUGUUGUUUGAUGGAGUGGUUGGGUGGGAAAACAGGACGACUGGUAUGGAUGCCCAAAGCUUAUUUCACUGUCCUCUUCCCUCACCCCUUUCAUCCAUCUUCCUGCCUCCACUCUUCUCCCUUUCCCCCCUCCCCUCUACACCUCUCUUCGCUCACACUCACAUAUAUUGGGCAAUCUCAGAUUUGUCGUGCUUACAGUUUUGUCUAGCAGUUUCAUGCUUACAUUUUUGUUUAUCAGCGUGAUGCUUACAAUUUUGUCUAGCUUGUCGAACAGCUUGAAACUAAACACCUGUCAACCAU